AAUAAUUAUUUUUAUUUAUUUAAUAUUAAUUAGUUAUAGAGAUAAUCUAUCGAUUUGAUAACAAUCUAGAUGAUAAUGUUUUCAGUUCUGUAAUUUUGUCAAGAUACGAAACUAAACAUGAAGCUGGAAGAUAGUUUUAGUGGUCGAAUAGAAGGCGUAGACGCUGGGGCAAUAAGUGUGGAAGUGACGAAUGGAGAUAAAAAACAACGUUUGGCCAUUGAUGGGAAUCAUCUCAUUCUAUUCGAUAAUGCUACGAAGCUGCGCUCAUGGCCAUUGCACUCGAUCCGCAUCAAGACGGAUUUGCCAGAUGGUGGAAUCUCCAUAGAAUCUAAUGGAGAGAUUUUAAACUGGAGCUGUGCAGACGAGCGUUCGCGUGCAGCGCUGGCGGCGGCGACGGCAGGUGUCGCGGUGGACGGUGCGCCGUCGGACGCGGCGCUCGCGGCGCUGCUUGACGAUGCCGAUCCCGACGAUGCUGACGCCGAGAGACGCGUCAAGCGGCUCGGCGACACGCUCGCGCGCCUCGAUGCACUCAACGUGGCCGGCAUGCUCGCAGCCGCCACCGACGGCGGGGGAGCUCGCCUCGCUGAAAAACUAGAAGCGGGUGUGACGGCUGGCGCGGGCGUGUCGGCGCGGCUGGGGCGGCUGGAGGCGUUGACGCGCGCGGCACCGGCAGCGCUGUCGGCGCGGUCGGGCGCGGCGCGGGCGGACGCGGCAGCCCGCGCGUUGCUCAGCGAGUUAGCAGCUAUCUACCGCUGGCUAGACCCACCCGAGCUAGCCGACCUCGAUGCUCUACCAGAGAUAUCUCUAGCGACGGCGGAGGGGCGGGCGAAAGCGCUAGCGGCUGCGGACGCCUUACGUACUGCGCUGCGCGGGGGGCCCGAGGGCGGGUCUGCGGCGGCGGCGGCGGCGCGGGCGCGGCUCGGCGCAGUGCGGGAGCGGCUGCGGCGGCUGGGCCGCGCGCGCGACGCGCUGUCGGCGGCGCUGGCGCGGCACCUCAACAACGUGAUGAUCCACCUGGCCAACGAGCGCAAGCCGCAUCACGCCGGCCUGCUCGUGUACGCGCCCUUCAUGCGCUGGCUCAAGGACAUGGACGAGAAGGCGUUCGAUGGUCUGCUGAAGGUGUAUGUGGGCACGUGGAGCCGCAGCUACGAGCGCGAGCUGGCGGGGGCGGCGGAGACUGCGCGCGGCACCCUGCAGCACGCCUCGCACGACCAGAUCGAUCCCACGCUCGACCGAGUGCUCACCCUCGCCGAGACCCUCUGCAACGCCGAGCAGGACUUCUGCAUGCAGUUCUUCCACUUAGACUACGAGCCCAAGAGCGCAACCGCGGAGGGUGGGGACUCGGCGGGUGCGGACGGCGGCGAGGCGGAGGCGGGUGUGGCGGAGAGUACGCGGCGCGGGGGAGGGGCGGCGGCGCGAAAACUGCGCGCGGAGCUGUUCCCCGCGCUAGAGGCCGAGCUCGUCGGUCUGGUGGCUUUUAUAGAACGACUGGAGCCCUAUGGUGCUAUGCGAGCGUUGGCUUGUGCGGGGCGGCGGGUCUUGGGCGAGGGCGGAGAUUUGGGCAGCGGGAUGGAGGCGCGGUGGGCGCGCGCGGCCCUGGCGGCGGCGGCCGUGGCGGCCAAGCGCGGCGCCGACCGCGCCGUGGCCGACCGGCUAGCGGCUCUGGCCGACGCCGUCAAGCAGGCGGCCAAGCGGCCCAAGUGCGGCGUGCUGAGCUUCAUUCCCGAGCUGGAGGAGAUGAGCGGUGUGUGCGAAGCCAUCUUCGCGGGCGGGCGACGCGCCGACCUCGACCGCUGGUACUUGUCGUUGUGCACGGGCAUGGUGCGCGCCGUGGCCGCCGCGCAGCACCCGCGCACGCCGCGCGCCGUCGUGCAGCUCGAGAACUACCACCGCCUGCACGCCGUGGUGAGCGCGCUGCGCGUGCCGGCGCUGGAGGGCGUGCGGCGCGACGCGAAGGCGCGCUAUGCGGAGGCGCUGCGCUCUUACGUGACGCAGUACUUUGGGCGGCCACUGGAGAAGCUGGCGGCGUUCUUCGACCGCGUAGCGGAGGCGGUGGCGUCGGGCGUGCGCGAGGAGGAGGUGUGCUACCGCGCGGCGUUCAGCAAGCAUGAGGCCCGGCGCGUGCUGGCGCUGUACCCGGCAGCGGAGGUGCGGCGCGCGCUGCACCGCCUGUACCGUACCGUCGAGAAGCACCUGAGCGAGGAGGGCGGGCUGCUGCAGGUGGUGUGGCGCGCCAUGCAGGAGGAGUUCAUCGCGCAGCACGUCGCUCUGCAGGCGCGCCUGGCCGCCUGCUACCCCGGCGCCCACCUCGCCAUGCCGCUCUCCACGCAGGACAUCCUCGAUGCCUUCUCCGACAUCGCGCGAGAACACUGACUUUCAUUAAAAAAAGACUUCAGUGUUCUAAUUGUAUAAUAAUUUCAAAAUCAUGUCUGUCAUGUGUAUUGCUGAUGAUUUCUGAUGAUAUACUUAGGGCUGAUAAAAGUGCUUUAAAAGCACGACACGGUCGUUUUAUAUUAUAUUUGGUCGACACUAACGAUGGAAAAUGAAAGAAUGUAUUUUAAUUCAUUAAAUAUGUACAGUUAAGACUA